AGAAAAGAAAGUAACAGGAAGUGAACUUUGUGCUUCCAAAUCAAAAUAAUAAUAAAAAAGGGUUUGAAGGCCAUUCCGCCAAUUGGUGGCUCGUUUUUCGUUCCCCCUUUUCUCCCGCUCUUUUAAUAAAAAAAGACAGAAAUUAAAAUAAAAAAGAAAGCAUGAGUCGGUUUUCAGUCGUUGUAUAAGGUUCCGUUCAUUGCUCACGCAACUGUCUGGGAAGAACGACAAAUAUGAAUUUCAUCAAAUUAGCAAUGAAACAAAGAACUCAUCCUGUGAACAGAAAAGACGUGAAGUUAUUCAAAAGUUGACGUAAAAAGUGCGGUAAAACAACACUAGUAGACCAUGAAAUGAAUUAAUUUCCUUUUACCUGAGGACACAAAGAAAGAAAUGAGUGAAUACCGAUGGUCUUACGAAUUCUCUUUUUAGUCAUUCUUUGACUUAGUGACCUUCAUUAGUUAGUGAUCUUGGAAAAGAUAUGGAUUAUUUGUGCUCUGGGUGUUGUAGGCAUGCAUCAGGCGUUCAAAAAAAUGAAAUCUGGCGAUGAAGGUAUUAGUUUCUCACAUGUUCCGGUUUUAUCAUGGCUUCAAAGUUACCGGUCAAAAUUUGGCCACCGGCUGUUGGCAGUGCUUUUGGGAUUCUGUACGUUGAUUGUCUUAAGUUAUGUCACUACAAAUGUUGGACGUCAUCCGAGAUUUACACAACCUGUCACUUGCCCUGCUGCAUUAAGGAAUUGGAUGGGUUCGACAACAAGGCUUCCAAAACUUCAUGUGCUACUCCUUUCCUAUCCUAGAAGUGGCUCUUCAUUUCUUGGUGAUUUACUUCAAAGCUAUAGUGGAGCCUUUUACCACUUUGAACCUCUUCAUUAUUUUGGAAAUAUAGUAGAACACAACCAACUGGACACUGCGAGGAAACUUCUUCAUGAUUUAUUUACAUGUGAUUAUCGAGACUGGGCCUCUUUCCCAGAAUGGGCCUGGUUUAAUAGUGAUUUCUUAACAUUCAGGAGAAAUAAACGAUAUUGGCAGAUGUGUACACACAAAGAUAAUACGCGUAUGCUCUGCUAUAAUAUCUGCUUCCUUGCUGUUGCCUGUCGAAACUCCCCAGUUCAGAUCAUAAAGACUAUUCGAAUGACUGCUGCUGAAGCGGGGAAGUUGAUGGAAGAGUAUAACGAUCUCAACCUUAAAGUCAUUCAUCUAGUCAGGGACCCGAGGGGAACCAUGAAUUCAAGACAGCAAAAAGACAUUGCCGCAUGGUGCGGCAAAUAUAAAGCCUGUUCAUCAUCUCAAACGUUUUGCAAUUUAGUAAAUGAAGAUUUGAAGCACGCAUGUGAAUUGCAAAAGCGGUAUCCUAACAGGUAUACCGUAUUAAGGUAUGAGGAUUUAGCUCUUGAUCCACCUCAAGUCACUGAGAGGUUAUUUAAAUUUCUAGAUAUUGGUCCAGUACCUGGUGAAGUAUUUCAAUUUUUAGAAACUCACACUCAAGGGGUAUCUCCUCAUUCGAGCACAAACUCUUUUCUUCAGCCUCCCUAUAGAACAGUAAGAAAUUCAACACAAGCCGCCUUAGAGUGGUGCAAAAAAAUGAAACGGAAAGACAUUCAGAAAGUUCAACGAAGUUGUCAUGUAGUCCUAAAUAAAUUAGGCUAUAAAUUAGUAAAUAGUACAGACUUGAAUGUGGAUGAUGUCAUUGGGGAGGGAUAUGAAAUUUGCUCGUCUCCUUAAUCGAGAAAAAAAAUAUUUUUUUUCUCAGAAAUAAAAUUUUGACGACAGCAAAUUUGCUGGUAAUUUUGAAAACUGACUGAAAUAAGCGCUGGCGCAUCCGGUUCGAAUAUUCAGGAAGUGAUGAUCAAGAUAUUACCUUGGUUUCUCCAGUAAGGACGAACCUUUACUUGUCUUCCUUUUUGAGACCUACAUGUCAACCUUAUCAAAAGGUUGAUGUAUGCGGGAAUCAGUUUGUAUAGUUAAUGUUAUUAUAGGCAUAGAUUUGCCAAAAUUUCUCACCAAAUAGACAUUCCGACCAGAGUGAUCGAACUGUACAAUAAUUGCAAUGAGCAGCUGAAAAAAAUGGCGUGCUUGGCUUGAUAAUUGUGGCAUAUACUACUUUAAAGAAAGAAUCCCGUGAUAACAAUUUUGGGCUGCUUUUCUAGAUUUGCAAUUUCAAAAUAAUAAUAAAUACAUAAUUAUGAAUAUUACACCAUAAAUAAAAAGUGCAGUAUCAGUUUGAGAUAAUUAGUUCUGUCAUUAGCCUAGAUCAUGUUUUUUGAAAUUUAAAAUUGAUGGCUACAUUAGUAUAGACUGUAUAAACGGAAGAUUCUAAUGUUAGUAGAACUUUAGGUUUUGCAUUUAUUGUAUUCAAUAUAUAGUAGAUUCUAAGCUAGACGUGUUUCGAUACUAUUGGUAGAAGAAAUGAUUAUUGUCCUACAUCCACUUAUACUUUACUGCGGAAUGUGAAAUUUAAAAAAUUAAAUACCUGAAGUUGCUUCUUUUAUAGUCUUAGAACUUAUUUACUGCUUCCAGUCAUCCUAAGCUUAUCUGGCUUAAAUGCAUUGAAGUGCCGACGUGCUUGCUGCGUUUAUGUGAUUCAGAUUUAAAUAUAUAAAAUAAGUGAUAUUAUUUGGUACAUCCUGUUUCAAGGUGAUAUAUUUUACAUUGUGAAUAGAUAAUGUGUGUGUAUAUAAAUAUAUACAUAUGCAAUGUAAUAAGUUUAACUAGUCACUUUUUAAAAAAUACGUUGUGUUUCUUGUUAUUUACAUUUUCAAGACAAUAAAAAACAUCUUUGAAGAAUUUUGAUAUUCAAAAUUCCAGUGAUCAUUUUAAUGAUAUUUAUAACAAGCAUCCUACCAUUCUUGCUGCAAAAUGUCUUUGAACUAAAAGAAAAUAUGUAAUGUGUUCUUAUUAUUUUUCCCUUUAAUAUGUGACCUACUAGCACAAAACCUUCCUAAAGUAGCACAGAUAUAUAUCAAUUCCUUGUUAAAAAUAAAUUCUGUAUCUGAUAUUACUAUUUUAUAUGUAUACAAUUUUAUUAGAUGCAACUAAAACUGUCGUACUAUGCUAAAAUUACCAUUCAUCUAUAAAAACUGAAUCUAGAAAAUUCAGACUUUAAAUUUCAACAAAUAACAUCGAAUAUAUUGUUGAGUUUAUUUUAUUAAAGAGCGAGAAUACAGAGAAAAGCAUUGCAUUUCAUUCUCUGGUACAUUUUAUCAUUCAAUUAUUUAUGUCAUUAGACUUUCCUUAAAAGCAUUGGAUACCUUUUUUAUUGAAUGGCAAGAAGAACUCGCAAAAAAAUGUCGAUAUUAAGAGACCAUUCGGUAACAUUCAGCAUUUUUCUGAAAAAUCAGAAAAGAGUUGAAGAAAAAAAAAUCAACUGUGAGGUUUUUUUCAACUGAGAGUCAGCUUGAAUACUAGUUAAGCAUAAUCGGAGCCUUCUUAAUUUAUUUAAUCGAUGACAAGGAAUUUUAGCUGUUUUUGGUUGCAUCAAUGUAUAUACUGUGUGUACUAUUUCCGUGUCUAUUUAUCAAUUAACACUCACAAUGGGUUUAUAUUAGAGGCAACAUUUGCAUAUCAAAGAAAAGAGCAGAUGCAUUUCAUGAUCUCAGCUAUUUCAUUAGAAAUAUAUCGAUAUGUAAAUUAAAUGAAAUUUAUACACUUUCACAGGUAUAUGGAUUUCAUUUUUAACAAAACUAGCAAAUGAAAGUUAAAUGUUUGACUAGUAACAAUGAAUCAUUGAAAAUACUUCACUCGGGCGGGAUAAAUUAGUACGCUAGUUUUAUUUUUAAUGUAUAUUUGUGGCAAGCCUAAAAGACACUUGCGGUAAAAUAUCUCUCAUUUAAUGAAUUCAUUAAUUUGAUUUGCGCAAGAUUUACACAUAUUAAAGAUAAGAACUUUCUGUAAAGAAGUAUUUAGAGUAAAGUUGUUGGCUUCAAUAUGAAGAAACUGAACACUGAUAAUUUUAGCAAUUAAAUGUUUAUAUUAAAAAAACUAUAUAGAGUAAUUAUACGGUUGUUUAAUAUUUCGUAAUAAAAAGUGAUGAAAUGAAUUCACAUUAAAGGCAUUUCAUCAAAACAAAACCUCAAGGUGGAACACGAAUUUCUGACCUAUUAUACUUGCCACAAAUUUCAUAUUAAUAUUUUGUUCAAAUAAAUUUAUUUCCUUUCUUUAUUCGUAAGUUAUAGAUUAGAACUAUCAUCAAUUCUUUUUUGCUAAAAUUACUGUUUGUUAUAAAGUUGUGAAUUUUUGUUCUAUCAUUUUUUUAAUUAUUUAUAUGUUUUAACGAAAUCGGGUUUUCAUCAGUAUUUAUAAGGAGCACCUUCACUUUAUAUUUAAGGGAUUCAAGCAGAUUAUAGAGACUGGUCGAAAAAAGUGAUUUGUAUUAGUGAGUGCAUAGUUUGGUCUUUCAGCUUGUUGAAGUCCCUCUUGUCAUUUGCUAACCGCAGAAGAAUGCUUCGUUUGAUUUUUCAAAAAGUCAGUAGGCAAUAAUUAUAGAUCCUUGGUUUCUCUUGGUUUUACCAGCAUUUAAAAUGUGUAACUUCAAUGCAAAUUAACAAAGAGCAGUGCAAAAGUUUCCUAGAUCACAAACACUUAUAUAGCUAAAUUAUUAUUUUUCGCUUCAAAAUAAGCAAAACUGUCAUAAUUCAAAAUUUUGUCAACGUAAGGAGGUAUUUCUUUAGAAAUGCAUUGAUCGUGUGAUUUGAGAUAAAAUGAAUUAUUAUACCAUCUACUUGGUUUUAUAUCUUUUUUUUUUUUUCAAAAUCAUUUUAAUGCUAUCCAGUAAGUUGCCUUCCUAGUGCAAAUAUAUUGCAUCACCUAAGAAUACAAGCCUUUGCAUUAUAGAAUAUUAUACUUAAAUUUUGCUAUAGAAGUGAGAACAUACUUGUGCUAGUAUAUUCCUAGUCAUCGGUUCCUUUUGUUAUUCUAUGCAUAUCGAGAAAAGUAAAGUAUUGAAGUAUUUCAUUUUUUCAAUGUUUAUUGGCAUGAUUCACUAUGAUAUUUAUCUCAUUUUUUUAUUAUUGUUUUUGUAUAUGACAUAAUCAGGGCUGGAAAUUAAUAGUGAUCAAAAAAUUUUGAUAAUCAUUUUAUGCAGUAUUAUUUAUUUUGGUAUAAAUAUUAAUUACAAAUAUGCUUUAGAAAGAAAAAAAAUCGAGAUAAAAAAAAUUAUUGUGUUGAAAAAAUGCUUCUUCUGAUUCAGUGGCAACAUUUACAAAGAAAAAAUAAGGAUUUUACUUCGACAUAAAUAUGUUUUCAAAAGCCUGAAAUGAAAGAAACGAGCUAUAAUGAAGAGAGAAUUUAAUUACCUUAUUGAUGACAUCUCUAAAAAGGGAAACAAUAAUGCAUGGACAAAAGAUGAAUUUAAAUUAGGUGGCUACUCUUAAUAGAAUUACUCUUAAUUACUCAAUAGAAUAAUGAAAAGUAUUUACAAAAUACACGUUUCGUCAAUACAUGCCUCUUCUCCUUUUUAAUGAAAGUGUGCAGAUGAGAGUGAUUAGUAAGUGUUUAGCAUAUUGAUAUAUUAUACUCUCAUUUCAUUUUUUUGACUGUUUGUUGCACGUUUUAGUUAUUAUAAUUGUUUAUCCGAUUUAACUUUUCAUCACAUACAGAUAGAUCGUAAUUCUAAGGUAAGGCAUGUAUUCUUUCCAAAGGCAUGUAUUUUCUAAAAGCUAAUCAAGUUUACCAUAAUGCAUAAAUUGGAAAACUUUGGGACAUUUCCUGAUAUUCAAGGAGCAUUAAAUAAGCAUUCCCCCAUAUUUGGAACACUAUUACCAAAGACAUUAUCAUAAUCAAAUCAAAAUUCAAUAUCAUUCAGAAUAAUCUUCCUUGUUACGUUUUAUUAUUCGCGCUCAUAUUUAUCUUAAACAUAAAUUUUUAAUACAUUUGAGAUUUUUGAAAUUUAACUGAUUUUUCCGUAUUCUUCAUUUCAUGACUCUCAGAUGAAUUAAUCAUAUCGAACAAAAUUCAGAAUCAUUUGAAAUAGGCUUCCUUUUUGAAUUUCAUUAUAUAUUUCCAUACUUAUCUUGGGCAUGAAUUUUAACUCUUUUAAAAUCUCUGAAAUUUAACCGAUCAUUCUGUAUUCUUGAUUUCAUGCCCUUUUAAUGAGUUCUUCUGAAGUGAAUAAUCAUACAAAUAAUAAAUAAGACAAUUUUUGUUCUAGUGAUUCACCUAAAUGUAAUCUCUAAAAUUCUGAACUCUUUCUAGCUAUACUGAAUUCCAAGUCUCAAACCACUCAUAUUAAAAACAAUUGUUGUUAAUGACAGUUAAUAAGCUGGAAACUAUAGCUGUGAAAAAAAAUGAAAUUUCUCUGAGAAUAUUAAUGACACAUAAUCCCAUAUAAAAUAGCAGUUUUACCUGAAUUGAAAUAAUCGGAAAGGCCUAAAACCGUACUUUGAUUAAAAUGUUAUCAAGCAAAUCUCAAAUAUAUUUCAUUACACAGAAACUUAUCAUAAUUUCUGUUCGAAAACUUCUGAAAACCAAUGACCUCAUCAUUUUUUAUAAGGUUUAGCAAAACUUUUAGGUUUAUUGAAAUUAUUCUAGAAAAUUACGCAGAUGAAAUUCAUUAGAUAUAAAUUGGUGCUCGUUAUUUCAUUGAUUGUAACUGUUUUUUUUUAUUUAAUGUUUUCUGUAAUAAUAGUUUCCGUAUUAUAGAACUAAUUAAUAUUUCACUCAGUUGAAGGAAAAUCUAAUCAAAAGAAACUGUUUUUGCCCUCUUGUUUAGUUUCAAUUCCAAUUCUUAUUAAUUUCAAUUACAAUUAUUUCAAUACUGCUAUAACAAAUUGUAUAGGGAACUCUUUAUCAAACAAAUGAAAUUUACUAUUUAAGGGAUAUCUAAGUUUACAAUCUUCUUAGUGUUACUCCAUAUAUAAUUGACUUAGUUUCACUUUUCAACUUCCUUUUGACUUUUUCCAACUUACGUGGGGAAAAACCUACGUAAGUUGAAAAAGGAAAUUUUUCAUGAGUUGCUAAUAAAUUCAAAAGGUCCUCAAGGAACUCUAAUUCGAUGAACUGACUUCAGAGGGUUUUAAAAUAAUAUUUAUAGAUUUUUUUUCUUUUAUAAUCAAACAAAUCGCAAUUUCAUAAAAAUUUGUACUUCACUAGGUUUUGAAACCAAAUCGACAAUAUGUAUAAAUAGUGACUGAUGGGGUUGUGCGUUUGCUCAAAUUAUUAUUUAUAUCAUUACAAAGUAGACCAGCUAACUUUAAAAAGGCCUAUCACAAAAUAACUACCAUAAUAAAUAAAUAACUACCAAUUAAAUAAUAAUCUACCAGUUAUUAUAAUAAAUAAAUAUGGUUCUAAUUGUGAAGCGUAACUAGAAUUCAUUUACUCGUAAAUACAUAUAUUUAAUUAAUAACAAUCGAAACUAGAUAUGUAUUGGAUUUGCAAUUUUCCGGUAUGUAUAUAGACGGGUAUUUAAAUUCUGGGGAAAAUGUGAUCACUCAGUGGUCUGCGGAUCAAGUAAUCUGAAAUUAUUUAAAAUCGAGUCUCAGUUUAACAGAAUUAUGUAUCUUUUCUUUUAAUAUAGACAACUGAUAGAGUUCCAUCGAAUUUCUACACAAACAUGAUUUUUUAAAAACUUGAAAUGAGUCUAAACAUUUCCUUCUCAGUUGGAACCAACUCUAGUUAAAAAUAUUUUCAAUUUGAUUACAACCUUCAAAGCUAAAUCCAAAAAGUAAAUUUGCCACUUUUUUCUUUCUCCCUUUUUGCAACAUUUCUCUUGUGAAAAUAAUAAAAGAUGAAUCUAAAUUUAACUAAAAAUUGUAAUUGUCAUAAUUUAAGAUUUAAAUUAAAGAAAUUUUGAAAAAUAUGAUGCUCUGAGGCUUCGAAAAUUAUUUAAUAUUAUUUCAUUUAUUUAUUCAUGUUUUCUCACAAUCCAUGACCCUAUUCAAGUCCGAAGAAUGUAAUGACCAAACCAGUGCGGUUCUCUACUUUAUACAUCUUGAAUAAAAUGCAAGCAGCAAUUAUGAUAACUCUUCCAGCCCUGACCUUAAUUUGUCAUACAAAGUCUUGUAAUAUUUUGUUUACCCAAUGACGAGUAUUGUCUUUUUGUUAAUAAAUUUGAAUUGCUCUAUUUUGAAACAUACAAUGUAUA